UAAAAUAAUAAAUAUAUUAUAUUAAAAAUAUUAGUUUAACGUUUCGAGACAUAUACACCAAUGUCAUGAUCAUGUUUCGAUUUUACAUGGGUGGUGUAGGUCGUCGUACAUAUAGCAAUCAAGAAGGUGUUCAAAUAAAUCAACUAUGACCUUGGCAAUUUAAAGAGCUAAAAUUUUAACAUAAAAAAAUCAUUAUUAGCAAUUAAACCUCAACAAAAAAAAAUUACACAAAUCAAAAUAAUGUUAAUGUAUGAGUCAUCAAUACAGCAAUAGAUAGCUAAAAAAUGAUAGAUAUUUUUUACUUGAUAAUAAUAAAAUAAAAUAAAUUUGGAGAUUUGAUUAUUUAGCACAAGUUUGUGUUGGUGGUAUGUAGUGAUGGUGGUGGUGUUGAUCUUGAAAAAUAAACACAACGCAAUGUCUAUGUAAAAAAAAAAAAAAAUACAAACGUAAAUGAAAUGAUAAAAAAAAGUUAUGAGCUCUGACUUUAACGUCAAAGACAUCAGUUGACUUUGUGCUUUAGCCACAUACAGGUGUGAUAAUAAUAAUUUUUCAAGUUAUCAUCAAAAUUAAACAUCAUGACUAAAUCAACGAUUGGUAAUUUACAUUAUUUAUCAAUUUUAAUGGCAAUUGGAUUACCCACUGUAUUCAUAAUAACAUUAGCUGUUGCAGUUAAUCAAGAUCAUGUUGUAUUAUUUUUUCCAUAUAUUUCUGAUACUGGUACAACACCACCAGAAAGUUGUAUAUUUGGACAAUUACUAAAUAUGACUGCUAUUCUAAUGUCAAUGAUUGUGUUUGUAAGAUAUGCACAAGUUAAAGAAAUAUUAGUGUCAUAUCAAUAUUCAUCAUAUUGGAGAAAAUUAAAUUUUAUAUCAUGUAUAAUUGGUAUGAUAUCAACACUUGGAAUGACAAUGGUUGCUAAUUUUCAAGAAACAUCAAUGUUAACUGUACAUUUAAUUGGUGCUGUUUUAUGUUUUGGUGGUGCAAGUUUAUAUAUUAUUCUUCAGAGUGCAUGUUCAUGGCGUAUUCAACCAAAUGGCUGUUCAUCAUCAACAGUUAAAUUGAGAAUAAUAUUAUCAAUAUUUUGUACAAUAUGUUUCUUUACUGUUUUCAUUACAGCUGCAUUAUCAGCUAAAGAAUUUACUGGUAAAGAUAUUAAAAAAUGGACUAAAUUUGAUGGUGGAUGGACAUAUCAUUUAAUUAGUACAAUUAGUGAAUGGUCAUGUGCAGUUGCUAUUUGUAUUUAUAUUAUUUCAUUUACAAAUGAAUUUCGUGAACUUCAAUUGACCUUUCCCAAGGUAACAUUCAAGGUUGAUUAUGCAAAAAAAAAUUAUUCAGUAUUUGAUGCAAAUUCAGGGACAAUGAAUUCACCAACAAGAAGUACUUGAUCAUUUUCUCGACGUGCCAAUGGUUACGUCAAUUUAUUUACAAAUUCAUCAUCAACACAAUCAACAAUACAAAUUGAAACAAGUGAACCAUGUAUAUCAGAAUCAGCAAGAUUAUUAAAUUCAAUGAUAAUACAAUCAAAUGAUUCUAUAAAUUCAUCAUCAGCCAAUUGUAAAUCAACAAUUUACAAAACAUUUAACAAUCCAGUUGAUGAAAAUUUAAGAAAAAUAUUAAAUAAAACAAGUAAAUUUAAAAUAACAUCUGAAUUAACUGAUGAUGAUGAAGAAUUAGAAUUUUUAAUAAAUGAUUUUGAUGAAAAUAUUAAAACAACAACAACAACAAUCAAAGAAAUAAAUGAAAAUGUAAAAAAUGAUGAUAAUUUAAUAGCAAACAAUGAUAAAAUUAAUAAUAUUAAUAAAAAAAGUGAUAAAUUAAAUAAUAUAAUGACAUUUUUAAAAGAAAAUAAUAAUUGUGAUGAUGAUAGUGAUGAUGACGAUGAUGAUGCUAUGAAUAAUUUAAAUGAACAAAAUAGUGCCUAUGAUAUUGAAGAGUGCCUAUUAAAAAUUCAAGAAAGCCUAUUGUGUAUUGAAAAUAAUUUAUUGUGUCCUCAGCACAUUGAAAAUUCACAAUUAAAUAAAUUAAUAAAUAAUUAUGAAUUACCAACAAUCAUUAAUGAAUCAAUAAAUAAUAUUAUUACAAAUAAAAAUGUCAAUAAAACAAAGUUAAAUAAUGACAUUGACUGUAAUAUAAAUAUUAAAUCAUCACAUAAUUCUUCAACCCAAAAUAACAAUAAUAAUGAAGAAAUUAAUUUACCAAUAAAUAAUAACAAUAAUAUAAUUAAUAGCAACAUUAAAAUACCAAUAAAUUCAAUAUUUAAAAAUCGUCGAAGAAAAAAUUCAAAUGAUGAAAUUUCAUGUGAUGUAAAACGUCGUAAAAUAAGUUCUUUAAAAUCAUCAAAUAUUAUUAAACCUGAUGAUUCAUCAACUAAAAAAAAUAAUUUAAAUUAUAAUUAUAAAUUUAAUGAUUAUAAAAAUAUAUUAAAAUCGAAAUUUAAAAAACAUUUUAAAUUUGAUAAAAAGUUAAUUAAUAUAGAUACUAAAAAUCACGAUGAAAAUGAUGAUGGUGUUGAUGAUGAUGAUGAUGUAUCAGUUGGUAAUAUUGAUAAUAGUCAAAUUAUUAAUAAUAAUAAUGAUAAAAUCAAUUUAUUAGAUGAUAAUAAUGAUCGGGCAUUGAUACCAAGUAAAUUAUUGUCAUUAUCAUUUUCUAUAUUACUUGCAGCACUUCUUCAAGCUGUUAGAUGUCUAGCAGAUAUUGUUGAAGACACAUUUAAAUCAGUUGGUUUUGAUAAAUACAGAAUAUCUGAUUAAAAAGAUAAAUAAUUUUAUAAUAAUUACACUAUAUAGUUUCACAAAAAACAAAUACUAAUUUAAUGAUAAAAAUGUUUAUUUUAAUUUGUUUUUAAACAAUAAUUUAUCUUUUUUUUUAUUAUUCUAAAUAUAAUUAUUAAUUAAUCAAUUAUAUAUAUAUAAAAAAAAAAACGUAUUUAUCGGUAUUUUUGUAACAAAGUGCCAUCGACUUACGGUCUAUACUUAAAAAUAAUAUAUUUUACACAUAAUAUUUUAUCUAAAAAUUUUCUUAAUAACUACACUUAUACUUGAAAAUGAACACUACUCAAUAAUAAAAAUAUUAUUCAAAUAAAAA